AUGAUAAAGCAAUUCUUAGAAGCGAACAAAGAUCCAUCUCCCCAAGGAGUAGAUGCGAUGACACAGGUCGAGCUAAUCCAAGUCCUAAGAAGCUACUUGCAAAACAAAAGGUAUGUACUUGUUCUUGAUGAUGUAUGGGGUACUCAUGUAUGGAAUCUCAUUAGAAAUGGGUUACCCAAUAGCGAAUGUGGUAGCAGGGUAAUGAUCACCACACGCAAAGGUGAUGUUGCAUCAUCUUCUUGCGUCGGACUCUCGGAUCAUAUCUACAAUCUUCAACCUCUGCAUCCAAGAGAGGCUUGGUCCCUGUUUUGUAAGAAGACCUUCUACUCGCACGACGAGAAUAGUUGCCCUCCUGAAUUGGAGAAACUUUCUCAAUGCUUUGUAGAUAAAUGCCGAGGAUUACCGCUUGCAAUUGUCACAUUAGGUAGUCUUCUAUCAAUCAAGGACAAGACGUAUGUCGAGUGGGAGAUGAUUCACCGUAGCGUUCGAUCGGAGCUUGAAAAUGAUGACAAUCUUAGAAGCAUGAUGAAAAUAUUCUUGCUCAGUUUAAAUGACUUGCCUUACUAUCUGAAAUCAUGCUUCUUGUAUUUGAGUAUUUUCCCCGAAGAUUAUGCCAUUAAGCGUAUGAAAUUAAUUCGACUAUGGAUAGCCGAGGGUUUUGUAGAAAGAAAUGAAUGCAGGUCAACCGAAGAGGUUGCUGAAAGUUACCUCAAUGCACUUAUCGCUAGAAAUCUCGUUCUAGUGGCAAGACAGAAAUAUGGGAAGGUGAUUACUUGUCGCAUCCAUGAUCUCGUGCGGGAGAUCAUUAUUUCAAAAUCCGGGGAGGAGCAUUUCUUUGCAUCUUUGGUUGAACAGAACACAUUACCAUCUAACAGAAUCAGGCGUCUGUCCAGUUGCAAUCGUGGCUUGUUGCAUUUGAGAUACCUAAGCUUGGAGAAUACAAAGAUAAAAAAGCUUCCUAGUUCAUUAGGGAAGCUAAAGAACUUAGAAACAUUGAAUCUUAAGGGCACCUUUGUACAUGAAUUGCCGGUUGAGAUUCUCAAGCUCGAGUGUCUCCGCUACCUCCUUGUUUAUCGUUAUCGAAGAACACAGUUUCAUGUGCCAUUUACUGAUGUGGAUGGAAUUAAGGUGCCUGCUGGAAUGGGGAGUCUUAGAUCCCUACAGAAGUUGGCAUACAUAGAAGCGGAGAGUGGAAUCAUUAGAGAGCUUCAGAAUCUCACCCAAUUGAGGAAGUUAGGUAUUAUCAAGCUAAGAGUGGAAGAUGGGAAUGAUUUAUGCACUUCCAUUGAGAAGAUGAAUCACCUUCACUCCUUUUCUGUGACAUCAAUGGAUGAGGAUGAGGUUCUUGACUUGCAUUAUAUAUUUCAUCCUUUGCUGCCUCUUCAACAUCUUUAUUUGAGAGGGCAUUUGGAGAAAUUACCUGAAUGGAUUGCCUUGCUCCACAAUCUGGUUGCGAUUCGUCUGAGAUGUUCUAGAUUGAGGGAUGACCCACUCAAAGCUCUUCAAUCAUUGCCCAAUUUGGUGGACCUCACGCUAUGGCGAGCUUAUGAUGAAGAAGAGUUAUGUUGCGAGGGAAGAGGAUAUCCAAGACUUAAGCUAUUAUGGCUCGUUGAGUUGAGGGGAUUGAAGAAGGUGAGGGUAGAGAAGGGAGCAAUGUCUUGCCUUGAAGACCUACGUAUUAGAUGUUGCGAAGAAUUAGUGGAGGCGCUGUUGUGGAUUGAACACCUCACUAACCUCAAAAAUCUCUACCUGGUGGACAUGUCGGAGGAUUUCUUGAAGGGGCUAAGAAAGGAUGGAGUUGAAGAGUUGGUGGAUUCCAUUCAGCACAUCCCACUCAUUCGAUGUUUUGACACUCAUAAAGGGACUCUCUGGGACUUGUUAUGA